AUGGACUUCGAUACUUUUGAAAAGAGUGCUCGUCAGAACAUCGGAUUGGCUGAUGCUGCACGGGUCUCUGGACGGUUGAAAAUCCUAAGGAGGCUCCAGUCCACCUGCAAGUUUGAAUACCCAAAGAUACUUGGAAUCCUUAAGCAAAAGGAUCACGACAAGUGGAUCACUGAUUUGUAUAACUGCCUCGUAAAAGAUAAGAAAAGCCUCGCAGAGUUCCGCGCUAAUUACACAGACAUCCAAGCAAGUAAGGCUGCAGAGCAAGCUGCCAAGGACCAGCGGUUGAGCACUGAGCUAAGUAACUCUGUCAAAAAGUAUAACCAGGAAAAGCAAGAGUUCAUCUCAGCUUCCACAGUGAUUGGCAAGUCCACUCAGAUAGAUAAGAGGAUGACACGUUCUGCUGAUAUACCUUUAGCCAGUGAAGUGAGAACGCCGGACACCCUAGCUAAAGCUCUAGACGUCUUCAGCAGAGAGUUCUUUGAGUCUAACAUUGUGCCACGGCCGGAUCCAACUCCUGAACUCCUAGACCCGCCGUACGACCCUAACUACCUUUUGUUUCAGGCGCGGAUAUAUGCCAUACGGUAUGACUAUCGCGUACAAGGUGUAGAAGGAAAGGAGGCCACGUGUGCUGCAAGAGUUAGUAUUAUUGCUGGCAUUCUUGGUGGAGACGUCAGAGAAGCAACGCGUUGCUGGGACUUCUACUUUAAAGCGGGGAUAGUGCAUGAUGCCAAGUGCAUUGAGAGCUUUGCACUCUUAUACGUGCUCUUUCUGGCGAGGUACUCCUUUAUAGAUACUAACCGGAAACACCAGCUCACAAAGUUAAUCGAGCAGCUGUAUGCAAUGGCCCACCCAGAUGCAGCUUUAGAUCCACCUCAGGAGAUACAACCCUUCACACCUAGUGCUAUAAUGGUAGUUCAUAUUGAUUGCCUUCAUACAGCAGUCAAGGAAGGCACCUACAACGAUAGAUUAUUGUCUCUAAUCGGCGGGUUCAUAGUAUAUUCGGCCGAAAUUUCAUAUGGCUUGAAGGACCUCGAAAGCCAUGCCCUCUCCAAGUGCGUUCGGCUUCUCAUUAGGCAAAUAAAGGGCUUUCAAAAGGAAGCAUAA